AUGUGGAAGGUCUGUCUACAGAAACUGGCAUUCGCCGACAUUCGCAACGAGAUUGGCCAUCUCUGGAACCUUACUCAACAGGUUUUGAGAAACGUCGAGAAGGUCACGAAGAUCGUUGAGAAGGUUUCGAAGAAUGUCGAGCACAUGUCGGUCGACAUUGAGAACGUUUCGGAGAACGUCGAGCAUGUUUCGGUCCACAUCAACGACCUUACCACUUCGACAGGCCAAAUGCAGCCGGCUAUGCUGGCCAUGGUCAUCAAUCAGAUGCAAUCCAUCAAUGUUGCCAUCUACAACCUCACCAAUUCAACACAGAAAAUCAAGCCAACUAUGAUGUCGAUGGUCCGUAGUGAGAUACAAUCGAUGAAGGUUACCAUCGACGCCAUUAAGGACCAUUUCCAGAUCAAGGUCAAUGGAUCGACCGCAGGUGUUGGCAAAGAGAUUGUUAAUGUCCAGCGCUGCCGUCAAAUUGAAUAUAUUUAUUAA